AUGCUUGUAGCUAGUGAACGAUCUCCAAGCAAUGAACCUACUCUAAUGAUUGGAGACGUUGACCAGAAUUUCGACUUCACCCCCGUUCAUGAUUUUAUACAGUCAACGUUCCCAUAUCCAAUCAGAAACAGAAAAUCAACGACUGCCAGAAAGACAAAUGUCAACUACUUCUUUCAAUACUUUUCAUUUGAGGAUGCUCGAAUCGCGCUGAGAAAACUGAAUGGGCUCAAGGUUCCUGAAAUGGAACCCGAAUAUCAACUCGCAAUGAAUUUCACAAGACAAAAAGAUGAAGUUUGUGCUCAUUUGACAAUUUACAAUCUGCAUCUGGCUCAAUUAGAAGUCAUGAAAUUGUACACUCGGUAUCCGUCACUUCUUGGUUUGGCACGAUACAAUUUUCUUAAUGAUGAAGGAAAGAGACCCAAAACUGUUUGUUUUAUUCGAUUUGGUGAUAAGGAUGAUUGUAUGGAAGCUGUGAGAGAGCUCAAUUUGCGUCCUAUCGAAAACAGUUGGAUCCUUAUGACGAUUUCUGUGAGAUAUAUGGAUGAGUUAAAGGAAUAUGUAGCAGAAAGGGAAGCAAAUAAUCGAGCAAUCGGGAUGCCAGCAUUCCAUAAUUUCUACUAUAAGCGGGAAUUGAAUGUAGACCAAUUUAAUCAAUUGAUCAUCAACAACACCUACGAUCAUAUCAACGAAAUGGAGGCAUCCAGAUGGUCUCCUGUGGUCUUCCAGACAAAAAUUCUUCAAAAAAACUACAACAGACAAAUCACAAUGGGCUUGUUUGAGAAUAUGUGA